AUGAAAAGAGGACGACCACCAAAUAAAGGUUUGAAGAAGUUGGGGAAUUUCUUUAAAAGGCACAAAGCUGAUGAAGAACAGGUUGCAAAAGAACUUGAACCUGAACCUGAACCUGAAGGACCUGAGGGGUCUGGUGUAUGUGUCUUAGAAGUUCAAUCUGAACAAAAUCUGAUGACUUCCAAUAAACCCAUUAGAUGUGCGAAGAUAAGGGCUCUGGAGAUAAUUUCAGAUGUAAGUGCUCAAAUAUGUCAGUCUAUGGUGGAAGAAAGGGUAAAUUAUUUUGAGCAAAUAAGAAUAUCAGAAGACAGCCAGGUUCGUGCCAUUCGCCUUGAGGAACAGCGACAAAGAGACGCCAACCGCAGGGCUGCCGAGGAGGAGGACAAACGAGCACGACGCCUCGAAGAACAGCGGCAAAGAGAUGUCAACCGCAGGGCUGCCGAGGAGGAGGACAAGCAAGCACGACGCCUGAAAGAACUGCGGCAAGCAGCCGCUAUCCGUAGAGCCGCCGAGGACGAAGACGAGCGUGUUCGACGUCUGAAAGAACUGCGGCAAGCAGCCGCUAUCCGCAGAGCCGCCGAGGACGAAGACGAGCGUGUUCGACGUCUGGAAGAACUGCGGCAAGCAGCCGCUAUACGCAGAGCCUCCGAGAACGAAGACGAGCGUGUUCGACGUCUUGAAGAACAGAGGCAAAUAGAUGCCAACCGCAGGGAUGCUGAAGUGGUUGACGAGCGUGCUCAACGCCUUCUAGAACAGCGUCGUCGUACAGCUGAAAUUCGACAGAAUUCUCAGCGUAGUCGACUUCCAACCUAUAAAGCCGCUGCAUCAAGUCUCGUAGAGUACAGCAAUUUGGGAAUGUAUGACAUUGCAUGUGUUCAUUGUGGUGCUGUUCAUUUUUUGAAAGAGAGAGUGCAGAACAGAAUUCACCCUAAUUCGUUUGGUGACUGUUGCCUUCAUGGUCGCAUUGAACAAGCUGCGCCAGAGUUUCCCAAUGAAUUGGCAUUGCUGUACACAAAACAACACAGACUAGCCAAACAGUUUCACGAUAAAAUUCGAAAUAUUUCUGCCUGUUUUGCUUUUUCUUCAUUCAAUGUUGCUGAUGACAGGACUUUCAAUAGUAAAGGUAUUUAUACAUUUACUGCUGGUGGACAAGUGUAUCACAAGUUAAAUUUGGCGGCUCAGCCAGUCAGCAACAGUGAGGGUGAUUUGGAAAGACCUAGAUAUGGCCAAAUGUACUUCAUUGACCCGGAAACAGCCGUUGCAGAACGUAUGAAUGAACCAAUGAAUCAAGGCAUCAAUCAAGAACUAAUACAGAUUUUAGAGGAGGUCAUGAGAAGUCAAAACCCAUUUUCACAGGCUUUUAUGAUGAUGAGAGAGAUAGUUGAGGAAAACAAUCAACGUGCUGCAGCUCUUGGUGUCCAACCACCCCAUGUCCACCUCCUGUUUGCUGAACGUGCAGGUGAUGAUCCCAGGCGAUUCAACUCACCAACUUAUAAUGAAGUUGCUGCUGUAAUUACAUUAAAUGCAGACCAAAGCAUCCCGGAAAAUGAGAUGGUUAUUAAGGAGCGAGGAAAACAGUUAAUAACGCUCAAGAACAUUGACAGCCGAGUAGAACCAUUCACCUACCCUCUCCUCUACCCAAAAGGAACUUUUGGGUUUACUGUAGGGCUUCCUCUUAAAACGCCUUAUGCAAGCCGUGCACACAUGACGAGGAUGGAGUUGGCUCAAUACAGGUUAGCCUUUCGUCCAGAACAAGCCAAGGCUCUUCCUCCUGAACCAUUGCUAGAGGGAUUAGAUCUAAGGUCGAUUGGAUUUAAUGCUCUCCACUUUGGUGGUAGACUGUUUCAACAGUACGUCGUGGACACAUACAUCCGUGUUGAACGUGAUCGUAUUCAGUGGAUCAAAUAUAACCAAAAGAAACUUCAAGCUGAUCAGUAUGCAGGAGUAACACAUUUUCUAAAUGAAUUGGCUGAAAAGAAAAAUGCUACAGUUGCUGAAAAACUGAUUUUACCAUCAUCUUUUCCCGGAUCAACGAGAUAUUUCACUGAACACUUUGAAGACGCUAUGGCAAUUGUCCGAAGGUUUGGCUCUCCAGACUUUUUUAUCACAAUAACGUGCAGUCCAACAUGGCCAGAAUUAAAAGAAGCUGCAUGUAUUGAGCUCUCUGAUGGUUCUAAACUACAACAGUUUGCCCAAGAAAGACCUGACAUUGUGGCUAGGGUAGCCAAAUUGAAAUUUGACAGCAUAGUUGAAGAUAUCAGUAAGAAACAGAUUUUUGGGAAGUCUUCUGCUUUUGUUUACACUAUAGAAUUCCAAAAACGAGGAUUACCCCACCUACAUCUUCUUGUCAUCAUGGCAAAUGAAGACAAACUCCGGUCUCCAGAGGAAGUAGACACUUUCAUUUCGGCAGAAAUUCCUAAUGAUGACCCAGUUCUAAGGGAGUUGGUCCUCAAAUGGAUGAUUCACAAUCCAUGUGGCGAAGUUAAUCCGUCUGCAUCAUGUAUGGAGAAUAAGGGUGGAUCAGCUAAAUGCCGCUUUGGAUUCCCCAAAGCUCAUCAAGAGUUUACGUCAAUUGUUGACAACAAAAAACCGAAUUAUAAGAGACAGUAUGACCCACAACUGGAUCCAAAUAACCCAGAAUUUUCUCACGUCCAUGCGGUGUACCGCAAAAACAGUGAUGGACAAAAAGUUACACGGGACAAUAGACAUGUUGCUCCAUACAAUGGCUAUUUACUGAAGAAAUACAUGUGUCACAUAAAUAUCGAGCACGUUAUAUUUCGCCCCCUGAAGCAUGUUGGAGGCUGGCUGGAAAUGAAAUCCAAAGGAAAAGCCAUUCGGUGCAACGUUUGGACAUCCAUCUAG